UAAUCGACGUGCGACGAGACCACAAUUCAAAUUGGUAAAAUGUAUAAGCAACGCUCGCCGCUUACCUACACGUUUUAAAACAGUGCUUUUCAAAUCUAUUGAUAUUCACAACAUCGCGGUUGUGUUCGCCGAUUGUAUACUACAGAAUCAGUGUGAUCGCAGUAUGACCACCCUAACCAGACAGGACCUCAAUUUUGGACAAGUGGUCGCUGACAUCUUGUGCGAGUUCUUGGAGGUGGCGAUUCACUUGAUCCUGUAUGUCAGGGAGGUUUAUCCAUCUGGCAUAUUUCAGAAGAGGAAGAAAUACAAUGUACCGGUCCAGAUGUCUUGUCACCCUGAACUAAACCAGUACAUACAGGACACUCUACAUUGUGUAAAACCCCUCAUUGAGAAGAAUGAUGUAGAAAAAGUGGUGCUUGUCAUUAUGGAUAAGGAACACCAUCCAGUGGAGAGAUUUGUGUUUGAAAUCUCCCAGCCUCCCCUGCUUUCCAUCAGCUCCGAUACCUUGCUGUCACACAUGGAGCAGUUACUUCGAGCAGUCAUCCUAAAGAUCAGUGUCUGUGAUGCAGUUCUGGACAACAACCCUCCUGGAUGUACCUUCACAGUGCUGGUGCACACCAGGGAAGCUGCCACACGCAAUAUGGAAAAGAUUCAAGUCAUCAAGGAUUUUCCCUGGAUAGUAGCAGAUGAACAGGAGCUGCACAUGCGGGAACCCAGACUCAUUCCGCUGAAAACGAUGACGUCUGACAUCGUAAAAAUGCAGCUCUACGUGGAGGAAAGGGCUCAGAAGGCGUCUUAGCCCACACUCCGUUUCCCAUCAUGCCCGGCUGCUGGACUCGGCAGUGUCAGCAGUGUGCAGUGUGAGAAGGAAGACGCAAGGCUCGGGCCUGCUGAGGCAUUGUGCUUUAAAGCAGGCCAUGUAGAACUGCUGAUGUGAAGCAGAGGCACCGGCCUUUGACACACAGCCUGGAGACGAGACUUGGGGGAAUUCAAGCUACAUGUGAUUUCCUGUUAUGUCAUGCGCAUGUGAGGUCAACCACACAGUGGACCUGAUGACUGGUGAUGUUUUGUAUAUUCAUACAUGCACGUGUGUAACCAUAACACAGAUUUAUAUAGCUAUCCAACACAGUCUGUAUCACAGAAAUGCCUUGGAAAAGAAUACAAUUGAUAAUUGUUCAUCAGAAAUUAGCUGAAUGUUAUUUUAUUUUUCCUAAUAUGUAAAUCAUGUAAAUCAAUUUCAUUUAUUUCCUGUAUUAUGCAUUAAAAACUGGGGUAUGAAACAUUU